AUGGUGGGCCAGGCCCGUACAGGGGGACAGGACACGGGACGUGGCAUGGCGUGGACGGGCCUGGGCUGUGGCGUGGGCGGAUCUGGCAGUGUAGGGGGCCAGGGUGGAUCCGGCAGUGCAGGGGGCCAGGGCGGAUCCGGCAGUGCAGGGGGCCAGGGCGGAUCCGGCAGUUCAGGAGUCCAGGGUGGACCAAGCAGUUUAGGAGUCCAGGGUGGACCAGGCAGUUCAGGAGUCCAGGGUGGACCAAGCAGUUCAGGAGUCCAGGGUGGACCAAGCAGUUCAGGAGUCCAGGGUGGACCAAGCAGUUCAGGAGUCCAGGGUGGACCAAGCAGUUCAGGAGUCCAGGGUGGACCAGGCAGUUCAAGAGUCAAGGGUGGACCAGGCAGUUCAGGUGGCCAUGGCGGAGCCCCGUCCCCCCAAAAAAUUUCUCUGGUGGGCAGCUAUGGGGUUAUGGGCAGGAACAGAAACCGGCUCAGGAACAGACACCGGCUCGGCGGCGGCCAUCUUGUCUGGGGUCACCGGCUGGGCAGACGCUACAAGGGUUACCAUGUGGAUGACUAG